AUGAGCAUCGACGGCGAAUUUCUGCGCAACGUCGAGGUAAAAACGGACGAGAUGUUCGGUAAUUCCCUGAACGCACUUUCUAUCAUUCGAUCCGGAAAACUGAUCGGAAUUAUUGAUAAGGAGGCUACGAAUGAUCCGAACGCACUGCUUAUUCUGAAUCUCAUUAAGGAAGCCGAUGAUAGAAAUCAAGCCAAUAUCACUCUAAGGCAAAUCGAUAAUCGAACGUAUCUACAAACGUCACGAGACAUCGCUUCUGGUGAACGCCUUUUGAUGCAACGCUACCGGGAGAACGUUACAGAAGAUGAGGAGGAUAAUAACGAAGAAGAUGAUGAAGUACCAGAUGAUGAAGAGGAAGCGAAGAAGGUGAAACGGCUCAGUCCUGAACACUCAGUCGCUUGUCAACAACCUAGAGAACACGGUGAACUUGAGCCAGGUCAGCUAGUUCCUGAAGGCCAAGCGCACAAGUGUCAACUGUGUCCGAAGAGUUUUUCGAGUGCGAGCGGUCUCAAGCAACACUCACACAUUCACUGCAGCUCGAAACCAUUUCGUUGUCAUAUCUGUAACAAAGCCUAUACGCAAUUUUCAAAUCUCUGCAGGCAUCGACGAAUUCACCUUGAUGGCUGGCAGUGUCCGUUGUGCCAACAGUCUUUGCCAUCUCAUAGUGCUCUUGUAAAACAUCGACCGUUGUGUGAAAUGGCAUCCGCGCUCUAUAAACCAUUGAUUCCUCACUUGCCCGUUCCAAGCAUCUCUACUCAGAUUGCUUCCACGUAUUGGCCUCAUUUAUUGCAUAUGGCGUCUCAGAUGCCUUCAAUUCCAAUGGGUAUGUAUGGACAAAUGGAUGCGUAUAAAAUGUUCAAUCCCAGCUCAGAUGUCGAAAGUUCGCCACAGUCAAGUGGGCACACAAGUGAGCACUCAUCGUUUGAACGAAAGGGAAGCCCAUAUUCAGAGGCUGAGGCGAGCCCACUGGAUCUGACCACAAAAAGGGUGGAACGUAAAUCUGAAAGCGAAAGCAGUGAUUCUGGCAACGAAGACGAAAAUGAAGUCUCGUCAUUAACGAAGCGAACAGAAUCUGCUGGACCCUGCCUGGCUCCAGCAAUGAAUCCAUUUAGAAAAAGCAAAAAUAAAAAAUCUGAAUUCAGUUCAUCAGCCUUUCUUUCCUUGUUACAACGGCCUUUCCCCUAUUCGAACCCGUCAUCAUUCGCCGUCGCCUCGCAAGUCUCUAAAACAACCAAGGACCGCUAUACUUGUAAAUUUUGCCAAAAGUGUCAGUACUGUGAACGAUCCUUCUCGAUUAGUUCGAACCUACAACGACAUGUGCGCAACAUUCACAAUAAGGAACGACCAUUUCGUUGCCCACGAUGCGAUCGGUGUUUCGGACAGCAAACGAAUCUCGACCGACAUCUGAAAAAGCAUGACGCCAGUCCCGAUCUCCCACUUACCACUAUGCUCAAAAUUUAG